CUUCCCCCGCGUCAUAUAAUAGGGUUUUCCAAAGCCAUAAAGAAAAAUCAACCAAAACCAAAAAAGACAAAUUAUUAUAAGAGAAACAGAUACAUACUCUCUCUCUCUCUCUCUCUCUCUCUCUCUCCACACACACACACAAACACACACGCACACCAAAUUCUCCUUCUUGCGUUUAAGGUAUCAAAGAGAUAGAGCGAACUUAUUCGCUGUAAUUCCAAUUUCCCUUGGAGUUAUUCCGAGUAUUAGAAUCCGACGACGACGACGACGACGACGACGACGACGAAGCCAUUCGCCGGCGCGUCCCACCCGCCGCUGGAAUUGGGAUAAAGAGUGGGAAUAGCGGAUAAGAAGGCGAAUAAGGGCGCGUCCUUAUUCGGCGUCGUAAGCAAUCCCAAACCCUCGAUCUUGGGUGUCGAACUAACUUGCUAGGGUUUUCUAGGGUUUCCGGUACUUGGUUCUCUCCGGGGGGAGGAGAUCGAUUCCGCGUCCCUGUUUUGGUUGCUAGGGUUUCCGAUGGUGCGCCCUCGAGGGCAUUGAUGCGGGGCGACGAUGGAUGCGUAGAGAGUUUUGUUGUUUAAUCCAUUGAUAGGCUCGGGUGAGUGCACGGUACGUUGAUUUUUUUUUUUUUGGAAUUGGAUUCGGAGUCGUCUUCUUCCGGCCCCCCGGCGACGGGACGGCUCGGUCCGGGGAUGGCCGUGUGAGAGCGCUUGUUCCGAUUCUUCGUUGGCUUAGUUGAUAGGUUGGUUAUGAGGGGGGGAAUAAUUCGAAAAGGAGGAGCUGAUUCUUGUAGAUAGAUAGAUGUUGCUCUUUCCGUCAUGGAGAAAGGCGAGCCCGCAUUCAAGCCAGAGUGGUUGAAAUCGUCCAACGGAAGCACGAGCAGCAAUGCCUCUUCGAACCACCUCACCGGCACUUCUUCCCAUUCGAAUGAACACGGUGCAGGGAUUUCCUCUCGAAACAGACUGCCCGCUGCCGUGGGCGACCGCGACAGGGGUUUGUUAUCCUCCGCCAGACGGAGUUCAAGCUUGAAUGGGAAAUCUAGGGCUUACAGUAGUUUUGGUAGGAGCAACCGCGAUAGAGAGCGGGAAAAGGAUCUUGAUUUGCUUGACAGAGAGAGUAGGUCGGUUCUUCUCGACAAUGGUUACAAUGACCGUUUCGAUUCGUUAAUAGCGAGUAGGUCGGAAAAGGAUAGUUUGAGGCGGUCGCGCUCCAUGGUGUCGGGGAGGCCGGUAGACACGUGGACAAAAACAGUAGGAACUAACUCAAAAAAUGAUGUUCCUUCCAGGGGGACUAUGAGUAAUGCCUCCUUUGAAAAAGACUUUCCAUCCCUUGGUGCCGAAGAGAAGAAUGGACGGCUAGAUGUGGGUAGGGUUUCAUCUCCAGUGCCUAAGAUGGUCGGAUCAAACGGACCCCAAUCUGCACCUACUAAUCAAGUUCCUUCGACCCCAAGCACUUCGACGGGCCUAAAUAUGGCUGAAACAGUAGCACAGGCUCCAUCACGAUCUCGUAAUGCACCUCAGUUAUCAGUUGAGACACAGAGGAUUGAAGAACUAACCAUUAGACAAUGCAAGCAGCUAAUACCAGUGACGCCUUCAACAACUAAAAGUUUGGUGUCGAGCUCUUCGGAUAAGCUGAAAAACAAAGGAGCUAGAGUUGGGGACUCUACUGCUGCUCUUAAGGCUGGACAACAGUUGUCAUCUCAGCCUGUGAGUGCAGUGCCUCGUGCUUCAGUCAAAGCUGAUACUGUAAAGCUGCCUCAAGGGGGAAGCUUUCAAGUCCUCAACCGAGAAAAGAAUGGCAUCUCCCCUACUGCCAAAGAAGGCUCAAGUGUUGGCAAACCUGUGAGCCCUAUUGGCGUACAUCCCUCUGCUUCAGUUCUCUCAUUGAAGAGUCCAACUAACCAAAAACCUAGAGUUGAAGGAAAGGCUUCUGCUUUACCUUCUCCUCAAGGCCCAUUUGGUGAGAAAAGAUCGCAAGCUAAGGAUCGGCAUGAAUUCUUCAACUUCAUACGGAACAAAACAUCAAACAGUUCAGGUGCUGUUCCUGAAGCAGGUGGUGUUUCAUCCUCAUCCAGCUUGGUGAAUUCAGGGAAGCAGAGUGAUUUUUCUGGCGACAAUGGAAAAGAUGCUGAUUCUGUAAAUUUUAAGUGUGUGGAGAAUGGAGAUUGUAGUUCUGAGGUAGCGGAUGGUAGCGAGCAGUCCGAGUGUCUCUUACCUGACAAUGAAGACGCUGAACCUUGUUUGGAGCCUGUUGAUCCAGAAGAAGAAGCCUUCUUACGGUCGCUUGGCUGGGAUCAGAAUGCGGUGGUGGAUGCUCUGACAAAGGAGGAGAUUGAUGCUUUUAACAUGAAGUACAAGGAGCGGAAGAAACCCUCCCAGCCAUCAGAGAAUAUAUCACCAGGAGUGGAAGUCCCGGCAGAACAAUCUGCAGCGAUGUAGCCGGUAUGGAUUGAUUAUCGAGCAUGUUUGGCUUAGGACCUGAAGCAUGAGUUUUGCUAAAUGGUUUCUGCUUUUGGUUACCUACUUUUAACUACCCAAGGUAUUCAUUCCAGUGACAUUCAAUACGGGAUCUGAGAUGUGGAAAGACGGUAGUUCUAGUUUCCUUGCUUGUUAAAAAAGAGAGGAGGAAUUUAGUUUAUAUGCCUGCUUUUGCUGCUGAGGGAAUGGCAAAUGAAAAUAAAAGAUAGAUUCUUCGGUCCUUGAGGCUUCAUCAGCAUGCUCCUUUUUUUGAAGCAUAGGUUGCUUUCAUUUGUUUCUUUUUUUUUUUUUCUUUUUUUUUUCUCAGUUCAUUUUCCUUGUUUCCUUGAGAAAUUAUGAGGAAUUAACAUGGAAGGUAUAUAGGAUUAAUGAAUACUUCUGGUCUGAAAGAAAUUGCAUAGUGAUGAGAGCUUUCAUUUUCUUGUUACUCUGUCCUCAUUGACUCACAGAUAUCCGACGAAAAUACUUCCUAGAAUCAAGGAGUUUACUUUGGGAAAUGCUAGUGUGUACUCCUAUCUUCAAGAUCUUCUAUUCAUAACA